CCUCUACUCUCAACCCAUAACAAAACGUCGCCAAAUUCCUUAGGUUUUGCUGUCUGCGUUGAGUUUUAGUUAUAUUCUUUGGUUUUAAGUAACAUUAAUUUAAUUGUGAAAAAUAUUAACACAACCUUCUAAAGGUCUUAGUUUAGCGGUAGGAGCUGAAAAGACAAACAGAAUCAUCUUCAUGGAUGAAAAAGAGAGAAAAGGAUAAACGAAGACUUGAGGAGGGCGCGUAACGGGACGAGCCCGGAGGAAAACAAGCUUUUGACUUCAAGAAAAGUAUGGAAAUGUUUGAGUUUUGACUUUUUGGAGAGCAGGACAGGAUUUGCCAACACAUUCACUAAAAGAAGGUCUUGUGUCCCUCUUAUCCUGUUAGAGAUCCUGGGAAUGGAUGGACAAAAAGAAAAAGAGCGGGAGAGAGGAGAUGAAAAAGAGAGUGACGAGACGGAGGAGGAUGCUGAAGGAGCAGCAUUAUUAUGGCAGGGGGGAUACCCUGCUGAUGAUUUGGGCCUACCCAUCAUGCACUGGGAGGAUCUGGGCCUUCGUAUCGCUGAACUUGAGAAGCAACAAGAGGAGCGGAGACAGAGGGAAAAGGACUUGGACAGGCUGACGGUAGACUGGCCAGACAUCCGAGGGCUGAGCAGUCACAGAGAAACCUAUGAGGACAUAGAGGAUGAUUGCAACAGUCGGCUCACUUCUCUGACAUCGAGGCUCCAGAGUCAGAUGAAUCUACAGCUCUGUUUCAUCAACAACAGUGAAAGUGAGGAGGACGAAGAGGAAAUAGAGGCAAAGAAAGAGGUGGCAAAGCAGUCAAGUAAGAGUGGCAGUAGUCAGAAGUUAGAGGAGCGUGGUUCAAGCUCUGCAUCUACUAAGAAAACCAAAUCAAGAGGGUUUAAGAAUGAUGUCAGAGCUGCAUUGAGUGUACUCAGACAUAAAUUGAGAUUGGAGCAAAAACAGACUAUACCUCCCAGUGAGGCUCUCAAAGAAAGGAAACACUAUGAGCGAAAUGACUUGAAGAAUUUCAACCUGAAGGAGUUGAAAGCAUUAAGAACCUCACUAAGCAAAGACAUUCAUGACCUCAGUUCAGAGUUGGUGGGUCGACUUCUCACAAGGGACCAGCUGAGAACAGAGCAGGACGCCAUGCUGCUGGAGGUACAAGAUAUGACAUCACUGUGAUGCACACUUAAAAUAAAGCAUUUCCUCUGAGGAAGAAAAUGAUGGGACCUUCGUUUACAAGACUGCCUGAACGAACUGACUUUACUGUGAAAAGCUUCAGCACUCCAUCACAUCACAACAAAAGACUUUUAAGGAUUUCACGGUUUUACAUUUAAUCUUUUUAUUGACAACUUUAAGGCACAGGUGAGGAUUUAAAACUGCAGUUUACACUCCUUUUUAGCUAAGUCAUGCAGAUAAAGUUUCAAUUUAAAAUAUGUCAUGAUGUUUGUCUUUAAAUUACUGUCAUUUGUUUGGUGGCAAAGCCUCACAUGUUAAUACAUGGCUCAUUACAUGCUACAAAGUAUGUAGCCAUACAUACAUUGCCAAGCAACUCAUAACUGGAUUGUUUGUGUCACUGUUUGCGAAAUACUGAAAUGUUAUUUUGUGGAAUAAAAGGGACUUCAUUAA